AUGCAUCUUCCAUCCGUCUUCGGCUCGGUCGCCCUGCUCGCAGGGGGGGCUGCUGCCCAUGGUGCUGUGACGAGCUACGUGAUCGCUGGCAAGGACUAUCCUGGAUACCAGGGGUUCUCUCCGGGCAACUCUCCGAACGUCAUCCAGCGCCAGUGGCGUGACUACAACCCCGUCACAUCCUGCAGCGACUCCAUGCUUCGCUGCAACGGCGGGACCUCGGCGUCCCUGGCGGCCACGGCUGCGCCCGGCGACACCAUCACCGCCAUCUGGCAGCAGUGGACACACAGCCAGGGCCCCAUCAUCGUCUGGAUGUACAAGUGCCCGGGCGCCUUCAGCUCCUGCGACGGCUCCGGCUCCGGCUGGUUCAAGAUCGACGAGGCCGGCUUCCACGGAGACGGCACCUCGGUCUUCCUCGACACGGAGCGCCCGUCCGGCUGGGACAUCGCCAAGCUCGUCGGCGGCAACAAGCCGUGGAGCAGCAAGAUCCCGCAGAACCUCGCCCCGGGCAACUACCCUCUCACCAUCACCGGCUCCGGCUCGGCCCAGCCCGACUCCUCCUACAAGGCUGCCAUCCCAGGCUACUGCAACCAGAACGAUGCCAACAUCAAGGUCCCCAUCAACGACCACUCCAGGCCCCAGACCUACAAGGUCCCCGGCCCCCCCGUGUGGACUGGUGCCUAA